CGCUGCAAAGUAUGACCUGUGUUUUGAUUUAGUGUGCUGAUCUUAAAGGUGCAUUGAAAAGUUAUAAUACUCCGAUUGAUGCUCCUGCUGUUGUGGAGUGACUCAUGCAGCCAGCUAUGGCUGCAGGGUUUUGGUAGUACAUGUUGUUUAUGCAAUUUAUUGUGAAAAUUCCGUCACAGUUCCCAUGAUCACUGCUUCAUUGCUUUCAUGGCUUUAUUUUGGUGAUUUCGAAAAGUGUAUUGGUUUAGCCAUGUUUGUUUGUUGUAGUACAGAGUUAGACUGAUGGCCUUAAUCUAAGUUGUCUUGUGGUUGUUGUUGGUUGUUUGACUUGCAUCCCACUGGGAUUUUUGCACACAGCGUUGACGUACGGUGUUUUUUCUGCAAUAUUUUGCUGUCUUUUCUUGGAUUUUCUGUUUGCACUCAGUCACAUAUUCACUUUAAGAUGUUUUUUGUUCAUGUUUUUUUUUGUUUGUUGCGGUUGCACCCUAUUCAAGAGCCGAAUGGCUCACAGGGCUAUACCUAAUAAAUGAACUUGAAACUUGAACUUGAAACUUGCCGCUUGCUGCCAGCUCUAUUCCUGUAGUUUUUUUUGGGUGCUUGAUGGUUUCGCAUAAAACCGGUGGCAGCCUCGGACAAAUCAUCCGCUACCUCAAGGCAAAUUAAGAAUCCCAACAACAACACACACACAAAAGCGAUGCUGUGGGCGUCAUCAUGGCGAAUCGCAUUGACGGGGCUUAAGCAAGCGCAAUAGGCUUACUUAUUUAAUGAAGUCCCUUGCGAGCCGUCCGCCCGCCCGCCCGCACGCCCCAAAACCAGUCCCCGGCGACACCGAAGCGAGUCAUCGACGUGAUGGGAAGUCUACCGGAGCCUACCUAACAAACCAAAGGCACCGCCAACAUUGGGCGCUGCUGCCGCUGCUGCUGUGCAGGUGCCCCACGGACGGCGUAGAGACCCCCACGGAUGGUGUAGAGAUCUUCACGGACGCGUAGAGACCCCCACGGACGGUAUAGAGACCCCCACGGAUGGUGUAGAGACCCCCACGGACGGUGUAGAAACCCCCACGGACGGUGUAGAGACCCCCACGGAUGGUGUAGAGAUCCUCACAGACGCGCUGCUGCAUAUUGACCCGUAGCAAUACGCACGUAUAUAUACAUUUUAAAUUGUUGUUCCGAAUCGGAAAAGCGAUCAAAGAUGGGCAGCCAGAACCAGGACAGCGUCGAGCAAUUUUUGGACUCCAACCCGAACUUCGCGCAGGAAUACUUCAACAGGAAGCUGCGCCCGGGGUUGAUUUCGGCCAUGUGGGACGAGCGGAUGGGUGGCGCAGCACCCUCCUACGUGGACAUCUCCAAGGUGCAGGAGAGCGAGAUCCUCUUCGACCUGGUGUGCAACAUGUCCGAGAGCAUCAACAUGGAGAAGUGCAUGCACAAGUGCUUGCGCCACCUGGCUGGUCUCAUCGACGCCGACCGCUGCAGCCUCUUCAUGUACCGGCAGCGCAACGGCACGCCCGAGUUGGCCACCCGGCUGUUCGAUGUCACCAGGACCUCGUCGCUCGAGGAGUGCCUGGUCCAGCCCGAGGCCGAGAUCGUGUUCCCGCUCGACUUGGGAGUGGUGGGACACGUGGCUCAGUUCAAGAAGACGGUGAACCACGACGUCAGCGAGGGCAAGCUGUUCAGCAACUUUGUGGACAAGCUGACGGGCUACACCACCAAGAACAUCCUGGGGACCCCGAUCAUGAACGGCAACGAAGUGGUCGCCGUCAUAAUGGCCGUCAACAAAGUGAACGGGGCGGCGUUCACAGCGCUGGACACGGAGGUGUUCCUGAAAUACCUCAUCUUUGCCUCGGUCUGUUUGAAGACGUACUACCUCUCAUACAUGCACGCGUGCGAGACACGGAGGGGCCAGGUCUUGCUGUGGGCGGCCAGCAAGGUGUUCGAGGAACUCACGGACAUCGAGCGACAGUUCCACAAGGCCAUGUACACCGUCCGCGGCUACCUCAACUGCGAGCGUUACUCCGUCGGUCUCCUGGACAUGACCAAGCAGAAGGAAUUUUUUGACGAGUGGGCCAUUCAAAUGGGCGAGGUGGCACCUUACAAAGGCCCCAAAACUCCGGACGGAAGGGAAAUUCACUUCUACAAGAUCAUUGACUACAUCCUCAUUGGCAAGGAAGAAAUCAAAGUCAUCCCAACUCCACCAGAUGACCACUGGGCCUUAGUCAGCGGCCUUCCAGUCUACGUGGCAGAGUCCGGUUUUAUCUGCAACAUUAUGAACGCUCCUGCCGAUGAAAUGUUCAAGUUUUCUCUCAACCCCGUGGACGAAACGGGCUUCGUGAUGCGAAACGUCCUCUCGCUGCCCAUCGUCAACAAGAAGGAGGAGAUCGUGGGCGUCGCCACCUUCUUCAACCGCAAGGACGGCAAGCCCUUUGAUGAGUUUGACGAGAUGAUCAUGGAGGCCCUGACGCAGUUCCUGGGGUGGUCCGUGCUGAACACGGACACGUAUGACAAGAUGAACAAGAUUGAGUUCAGGAAGGACAUUGCCUUGGAGAUGCUGUUUUACCACAACAAGUGCACUAACAGCGAGCUUCAAACCGUCAUAAAAAACAAAGAGAUCCUGGACAAGGAUAUUGAAAACUGCUCAGAAGCUGAACUCAAAAAGUUGGUCAAGCAGGAGCUGCCCGACCCCAAGGAGAUGGAACUUUACGAGUUCCACUUCAGCGACCUCGAGGAGACCGAGUUCAACCUGGUGAAGGGAGGCAUGAGGAUUUUCUUCGAGCUGGGCGUCGUCGACAAAUUCAAGGUCCCGCCGGAGACACUGGUGCGUUGGAUGAUUACCGUCAGCAAGGGCUACCGCACUAUAACUUACCACAACUGGCGCCAUGGCUUCAACGUGGGCCAGACGAUGUUUUCGCUGCUGAUGACGGGGAAGCUGAAGAAGUACUUCACGGACCUGGACGCAUUCGCCAUGGUGGCGGCGGCGUUCUGCCACGACAUCGACCACAGGGGAACCAACAACCUCUACCAAUUGAAGUCUGCAGCUCCGCUCGCAAGGCUCCACGGGACGUCCAUCAUGGAGAGACAUCACCUGGACUACGCCAAAACCCUGCUCAACGACGAGACUCUGAACAUCUUCCAGAACCUGAACCGUCGGCAGUAUGAUACUGUCCUCCACCUGAUGGAAGUCGCCAUCAUUGCCACCGACUUGGCUCUUUAUUUCAAGAAGCGAGCGAUGUUUGUGAAGAUAGUGGACCACUGCGAGACACUGGGGAACGAGGCUGAAGCCAUCAAGUACAUCACCUGCGACCCCACCAAGAAGGAGAUCAUCAUGGCGAUGAUGAUGACCGCCUGCGACCUGUCAGCCAUCACCAAGCCUUGGGAAGUGCAGAGCAAGGUAGCACUGCUGGUCGCCGCCGAGUUCUGGGAGCAGGGAGACCUGGAGCGCACGGUCCUGCAGCAGAACCCCAUCCCCAUGAUGGACAGAAACAAGGCAGUUGAACUUCCCAAGCUGCAGUGCGGUUUCAUCGAUUUCGUCUGCACCUUUGUGUACAAGGAAUUCUCGAGGUUCCACCCGGAGAUAACGCCCAUGUACGCCGGGCUGCAGAACAACCGCGUGCACUGGAAAGCGCUCGCGGACGAGUACGACGCCAAGUGCAAGCUGCUGGAGGAGGCGAAGCAGAAACAGACGGAGGCCGCCGUGCAAGGCAAAGCGGUGACCAACGGCGGCUGCGAAGAACCCCCCAAGUCGAAGAGUUGCGUGAUCGUGUGAAACCGCCGGGGCGUCUCGCCGCCAACCUGCAACGAACUGAAUCCCCUAAACCUGCAGCAGUGUGUGUGUGUGUGUGCUUCACACUCUGCGGCUGCAGAAACAACCUCCCGUAAACCUUUGCUGCUUCAGGGGUGGGGAAACUACAGCCCAAUAGACCAACUACGACCCAUGACUUCACGUCAUACUGCCCGCGGCCACAUGAAGCCUACCGCUUCAAAACGGCCCGCAAACAAAUAUUCGUUCGCGUCAAUGAGGGCAUCUUAGCAGCACUAAAAUCGCGGACCAGAGGGGAACACCUUCAACCCGGCAACAACAACUGUGUUCCUAAGUUUCACGCGCGUAGGUCACCCAUAGUCUUGAACGAAUAAAUUAUAAGGUCGCACUACUUACACACAUUAGUGCUUGCCACAAAUGAGCCACGAAACCUUGCCGAUCUCGUCAGCGAACAUAAACCGUCACGCAAACUUCCGGUCAUCCUCGCAGCGGCUGUUGGCUCGUCAAACAAAGACGGUCACAGCACCGCACGCUUUCAGAUGCGCUUCUGCGGAGCGUCUGGAACGUUCUUCCUUCCGUUAUUAGGAAGCCGCUGGAACCAUGGUCUAUUAAAUCUAGAUUGAAAUCUCAUUUCUUUAAAACUCCUUUUCAUGUUCAGUUUGUUGUCCUUCCCCCGCACCACCGAUUAGCACGCACCGUGAAAAAAGUUUAAUGCACAUACUUCAUAGGUAUAGGUAGCUCUGGGCACAGGUAAUGCGUUCAUUCCGAGCCUGAUCUGUGGCACGCCGAAGGUGAUUUGAAAAGACCUUGUUCCGCCGUCGGUAAGGAAAGGAUGUCUUACCGCUGCCUGACUUAAUACACAUCAGCAAUGAAGUAACAGCAGCUGCGGAGGCACAUAUGUACGUUAUCAUCCGCUCUCCGAUAAAUCAAGUCAAUCUUGUUUAACGGGUCACAAAUUGAAGUUUGAAAUACUAAAAUAAAAUGCGAUUCUAAGCUUGCGGCAAUGGUGGCCACCCACAGAUGCUCAAUGAAUAAAAAAAACAGAAGCAUAGAAAGUGCACAUUCACCGACAGCAGGACAUUUAUGGGAGUGCUUUUAUAGGGAUAAAGCAUGUAUUAGGGUCUUCCUCCGUUUGAUGUCGGUUGUCCGAUGUUAUCUUUAGUUAAUUCAGGAAGAAUGCGGUCUGCGCCAUUUAGUUCCAGAGGAAGCUCCCUGCACGUGGAGUAAAAAGUCAGAAAUUGUGCGGAACGACGCGCGGUACGACCGUCAAACGCAUCGAAGACAGCCGUGCUAAAAAAAACCCUAGUCAUGUCUCAUGGCGUCGAUGAGUACGGUUGGCUACGUACUGUGCAAAAGAAGUUCAUCAUACGUUGUUGGAGAAAACUUCUUCCAGAAUAUCCCAUGACCAGCGGUGAGGCAAACCUCCGAAGGCGAUGCAUCUCAGGCAUUUCUCCACCGAGUGAGAAGUGAACCAUCGACACUCACCGCCUUUAGGAACAACACUUUUGAGAUAAAGUUGAAAAAAAUACUUUUGGUCACAGACACUCCAGUUCCCCGGAGAAUAGAGCAAUCCUCCAUGCGUCCCGGACUAAACAAAACCAAACUGAUUUGGCGUAAACACAGUCUUGCGCGAACCCUGCAAAGUGUGCUGUCUUAAUUGCCUGUUCUAGUCAGUGAUGGAUCCAGGGGUUGGGGUGGCAGCGGGGAGGGUGGGGACGAGAGUGCACCCCCCCCCCCUUCGCCACCCCCUUGAGACCCCAAUAUUUUUUAAUUCUACCGAUAUUCGCUAGAGAAUACAAUACAUUAUUAGCAUUAUUAAUGUAGGGCCCUAUUCAAAGAGCGAGAAACGUUGGGGCUGCCCCCAUGGGGAGAUUCUCGGGUCGGCCUCUGGUUCUGGUUCCACGAUCCCUGCUGACCGAGAUCUGAAAACCACUGCGAUGAAAUCUCACGUAAAAAGAGUUACGCUUCCCAAAUGUAUGUACCAGGUAACAAUCCCGAACACCCACCACACCCCUUAUAAAGCCACGUGGAUUUUGUAUUCCCUUUGUUUAUUGCGUGAGGCACAGGUUUCGGUUUACUUGCAACUGCAUCUAAAAAUCGGCUGGGUUUUUGUAUUGUUGUUUUGAUUAGGUGUGUGCGUGUGUUAGAAUCGACUACAAGUUUGCUGCUUCUGGGGGUGCUGAUUCAGGACUACACGUCUGAACGAUUGAAAUGCGGCAGUUGGAACUUUAGGGGAAACAAAAUAGCCAAAGGUUGCUUUUUUUUUAGGAUGCUAUAAUUCCCGCAGCAGCGCUUUGGGCAUGUCGAGAGACACGGGCUCACGCGAGCAGAGCAGGGGAUGCACUUUUCGAAAUCGGCCUGUCACUUCCAUCGCAAUUCAUCGCAUGUCACAUGCGAUAAACGUGUACGCGUUAUGUAAAGGGUUUCAAGAGGCUGUGUUCGGUUGAGGUUCACAUCGUUGGAAAUGAAAACGCAAAUCAGUUUACGCUCGAAUACUCUGUGGGUGCCAUGCGAUACGGAACACUUUGUGACGGCUGUAACAAGAGCUGCAUUUCACAUCGAGAGCCUGUUUGAAAGGCUGGAAUUAAAUGCCACAUUUGUAAUGUGCAACGAUUAUUAUACCAUGCUUACAACUGGGUGUUGGGGUUAGUGUCAUGUGUUACAUUGGUUCGACAAGGCUAGGACCAAACAGAUGGCAUGAGAAAGUAAAACCAUACUGAAAGAAAACCGAGUGACUUUCACGCAUUGGGAAAGUGGUCUUAAAACGAAGGUUUUAGUCCAAAAAAUUAUUCAUGUUACGUGCACAGAAAGAUUAUUUUGUAACAAAACAUAAGGGGGGGGGGGCUACACACACUUGGAAGGGCAACCUAUAUUCCUGAAUAUUGUCUGCCUAAGGGAAAUGGAUAUUCUUUCCCAGAAGGAGAACAUAGGAUAGACAUACCUCCUCUGAUACCGGCGUGGAUCGGAUUGGCCCAAACUCUGCUGCACACCGACGAUUGCGCUGGCUCCGACCCGAGCCACUGGGACGCAAAGCUGCACCGACACCGUUGACGUGGCUGCAAGUCGCCAUCAUCGCCGCCGUAUCGUGCGCACUGCUUAGUUCACUAUUGUGAAAAAAAAUAUGAAUAGGUUUUACCCUUACUGGUAAUACAACAGGUGUUAAGGUGUUCAAACAACAAAGAGAUACCUUUCGCAAGGAAUCAAGUCGAGCAUCAACCACACGUAUUUGCGGUGAACAUACAAACAAACAUGCUUUGAUAAUACAGGGUUUUUAAAAGGAGGGACCCGAUUUGAAAUCGCUAUAUCUCUGCAACCACGAACCGCCCAUGAAUGAAACUCUUACCACUUUAAAGGGCGG